UUUUUUUUUUUUGUCAUUUGUAUUUGGGCUUGUAAAUAUCCAAUCGAGAUUAGCCCAGGCCCAUAUAAGUUAACACAUCAUCAGUUACAACUACGUUUCUUCUUCCCAGCCACAGCCCAAUUGGCAAAAAACGGUUCAAGCUGAAAUCUAAAUUUCGAACCGGACUGUGAUGGUUUCCGAUGGCAGCGAGCGAGUGAAGCUCAACGUCGGCGGUGAGGUCUUCGAAACCAACGCAACGACCAUUCAAUCAACUUGUCCCGACUCUCUCCUCGCGGCUCUCUCGACUCCAACCUCCCAUGGAUCGAUUCCGGUUUUCAUCGAUCGUGACCCUGAGAUUUUCGCCGUCAUCCUUAAUCUCAUCCGUACUGGUCGACUCCCAGCUAAUUCCUCUGGCGUUUUCUCCAAGCAAGAGCUACUCGACGAGGCUCAGUAUUACGGUGUCGAAUCACUUCUCAGAUCGGCGAUGUUACCGCCGGCGCUACUAGGUUUCGAUGCGUCUCUAGUAUCCACAAUCACACCGGCUGCUGACGGAGUUCCGUCUGCUAUAACCGCCACUGCUGGAGAUGCCUCUUUGUGGAUCGCUCACGGUGGUCAGAUCUCAGUCUACGAUUGGAGUCUUUCCCACGCUGGAACCGUUCGUACGCAUCUCAAUGAUAUCACCUCAAUUUGCCGUGUGUGGAGCGAAGCGGCUGCAAUUGGAUCUGUAUCCGCGUCGGGACUUCAUUUCUACGACCUUUCCGGAGGUCGCUACGUCGGAUCUACGCACUGGACUGAUCCGGAGGAUCCGAGGAUCUAUAAGGCACGCGUUGCCGCGGUUGCUGAUUCGGACGGUGGUGUAUUCGCAUCCUUUGAGUGCAUGCACAGAGAGAACAGCGUUCUCCGGAUCGACAAAUCCACUCUCCAAGUCGGCGACGUGAUCGGCCAGCAAUCUGGAAGCUCGGCUAAAACCACAGUACCAGAGAAACUACGGUGGCUGCCAACGAACGGUCUUUUGAUAGGAUCCGCCGUUCAACGUGGAGCGUUUGGAUGCUCCGGCUAUAUCAGGAUAUGGGACCCGAGGACGAGGAACAUAGUCUGGGAAACAAGCGAGCCAGGUUCGGGGCGGAGCAGCAGGUUCGGGGACGCCUUAGCUGACAUGGACGUUGACGUGGAAGACUCGAUCAUCUUCAAGGUAUGUUCUAAGUCGGGAGACCUCGGAAUGGUAGACAUCCGUAAAUUAGGUGAAGAUCCAUGGGUAUAUAUGUCAGAUGAGAAUCCAGGUGCGUGGAAGCUAGGCGACGGAGGCGGUUACAGCGCUGUACAUUGUUAUAGAAAGCAAGUAUGGGCCGCUAGGGGUGGUGCGUUAGAGGUAUGGUCAAGUGUGAAUGAGAAGACAAGUGGUGAUCCAAUUCGCAGAAGAAACUUUGUAGACAAAGAAGAAGAUUCCAAGAGAGGAAUGAUUUCGAAAAUUGAAGCUGGAGGUGAUCGGCUCUUUGUUUCUCGGGAAUUUAUGGAAGGUGUUGAGGUCUGGGAAACUUCUAGUUUCUCAGGGUUGAUAUCCCUCUGAGUAAUGGUUCCCUGAAGAACGGUGAUCACACCCUGUUUUUCCCUGCGAAAGUUUCACGGGAAAGUAUCAGAUUUUCAAACUGUCCAGUGUUCACUCAUGAAGAACAUCAUCUAAAUUCAAACGUUAUUAGGUGUAGAAACCCACUAGCAGAGACCUCCCCUAUUGUAAAUGGAUUCAUAGCUUUUUGUCUUGUAAAUUUGUGGUUCUAAUGGGUAUAUAUAGUUACAGUCACGAGUUUGCAAA